AUGGCGCCCCGCUCCUACUCCAAGACGUACAGCGUCCCCCGUCGUCCUUUCGAGUCCGCUCGUCUGGAUACUGAGCUGAAGCUCGUCGGCGAGUAUGGUCUCCGCAACAAGCGCGAGGUCUGGCGAGUCCAGUUGACUCUGUCCAAGAUCCGUCGUGCCGCUCGUUCGCUUCUUACUCUCGACGAGAAGGACCCCAAGCGCCUCUUCGAGGGUAACGCCCUCAUUCGCCGUCUCGUCCGUGUCGGUGUCCUCGACGAGUCCCGCAUGAAGCUCGAUUACGUCUUGGCCCUCAAGAUUGAGGACUUCUUGGAGCGCCGUCUCCAGACCUGCGUCUACAAGCUCGGUCUCGCCAAGUCUAUCCACCACGCUCGUGUUCUCAUCCGCCAGCGCCACAUCCGUGUCGGAAAGCAGAUCGUCAACGUCCCCUCCUUCAUGGUCCGCCUCGACUCCCAGAAGCACAUUGACUUUGCUCUGACCUCGCCAUUCGGUGGCGGCCGCCCCGGCCGUGUCAGGAGGAAGAAGGCCAAGGCCGCCGAGAAGGGUGACGGCGACGAUGCCGGCGAGGAGGACGAGGAGUAA